AUAAGUUAUGCUGCUGAUGAUGCACUGAUAGGAAUUGAUGUAUUUAUGCAUUUGAUAUCUGUAAAGAUUUGUGGUAUUAGAUCACGAAAACAGUUUUAUGGCAGUAUUAUAAAUAACAGUGAAGCUGAAGUUUGGAGAACAGCCAGGUCAUUAUGUCAAGGAAUAAUAGAUGUAGCUUUUAAAAGCAAGAAUUUGUCGAGUUUAUUGGUGAAGGGAGACCACUCAUCAGAAGAUGAAGACUUUGAAAAUGACAUAAUUAGUUCAUCACAGCAGUCAUCAUUUCCACAUAAAAGUGGGAAACAUAAAUCAAGUAAAAAAGCAUUCAUGACAAGACAACGGCCCCUGUAUUACAAUGCCCAACUUCUAGCACCAGAUGGGAAAUGUUUAACACUAUGUGAUAUAAGAAAAGCACAGUGGUAUUUGGAUAAAGGCCUUGCAGUGAAGGUGGGUGAGGACCCUCUAAGUGUGCAGCUAAAGUUUGAGCCCAAAGCACGACCAACAUCAAGUCAAGAUUACUACCUGCAAGAUAAGGAGAAUAUUUGUGUAGUUUGUGGGGCAGAUGAAGAUUAUGUUAGAAAAAUUGUUGUACCUCAGGAAUAUAGAAAGUAUUUCCCAGGCAUUCUCAAGGAUCAUUCAUCACACGAUGUUUUAUUAUUAUGUAUAAACUGUCAUCUCAAAUGUGCUGACUAUGAGGCUGCAUUACGACAACAGCUUUCUGUAGAAUGUGAUGCUCCACUGGACUCGGGGAAAGAUUCCAAACGAUUUUUUGACCAAGAUCUAGCCAAAGUUGUUUCAGCUGCAAAGGCAUUGCUAAAAAGCAGAAAAUCUAUUCCGGAAGCUAGAUUACAAGAACUUGAAGAGAUUGUAAUGAGAUUCUAUGGUGUACAGUCAUUGCCAUCAGAACUUUUAGAAAGUACUCUGAACAUGGAAAUAAAAAUAAAUAAUGCCAAAUUUACUCCCCAUGGCAAGAAGGUGGUCGAGUUCUACAUGUCAAAGGAAGGGGGACUACUAGGAUUUGAAAAAAUGUGGAGGCAACAUUUUAUAGACUACAUGCAGCCACAGCAUUUACCUCCCUUGUGGUCUGUGGAGCAUAGACCUGAGAGAAUGAAAGCAAUGGAUGAUCAAGAAUAAUUAGAUUGUUUAAACUACAUAUUUGUUCAUAGAAAAUAUUUUUGGGGAGGUGAAAAACGAUAUAUUGUUGACAAAUAGGAUCUUAAUAUUGUAAAACUUGUCAUAAUUAUUUGUCACAAAUAGAGACAUAUAGAGUAUUAUUUAAAAGGUUUAUUGUAGAAAAAUUGUAGACCUGGUUAUAAUUGUUCUUUAAUUCUAGAGGUAACUGCAAAUUCAUUUUUAUGUUACUGUGAUUCAAAAUACUGCAAACCAUGAAGCUUUCAAUCAGUUUUUAAAGUACAUGUAUAUUGCAUGUGAUGAACUAUACAAUUUUACAUUAUUUCUGUGAAAUAACUUAUAUAAUUAUAGAGGAUAUUUGUUUGUUUUGCAUGUAAGAUCGAAAUAUAUUUCACUGAGUGGACACCAGAUGCAAUAUUAAAAUGAGUGGCAUAGCCACAAGUGAAAAUAUAAUAGCUGGUGUGAAAGAGUGAAAUAUAUUUCAAUCUUACAUGCAAAACAAACAAACUUUCUAUUUUAUUUUAUGCUUUUUAGCUCACCUGUCACAAAGUGAAUUGGUGAGCUUUUGUGAUUGAUUUCCUUAUUUGUAUAUAGUAAAAACUUAAAAAAUCUUCUUUUAAAAAACCCAAAUAGCUAGAGCUUAAAUAUCAAGCAUGAAACACCCUCUAGUGGGUGUCUACCAAGUUUGUUCAAAUAAAAGCUUUGGGGUAAAAAUUGGUCCCGCCCCAGGGGGUCAUUGAUUUUCCUUAUAUGUGUAUAGUCAAAACCUAAAAAAUCUUAUUAUAAAAACCCCUAUGAGCUAGAGCUUAGAUAUUUAUCAUGAAACAUCUUCUAAUGGGUGUCUACCAAGUUUUUAUCAAAUAAAAGCCCCUGGUUUAAAAUUGCCCUUGGCCCAGGGGCCUAUAUACAGGUGAGCGAUUUCAGGGCCAUCAUGGCCCUCUUGUUUAGUGAUUUUAAGGGGGCAGGGGACCUAAAAAUGAACAAUUUUGUAUUUCAGUGUGGCCAGAAAUACAAUUCCAAAUAUUUCAAAAUCUGUUUCACAGGCAGAUAACCAGUUGCACAGCAUUAUUCAAUGAUAUAUGACAUACAUUGAAGAAAAAGAUAGUUUGCAUGCAUUGCUCCUUAAAACAAUGACUGACAGCAAUUUAUAUUUACCCCCACCCAGCCAAAAUCACACCUUAAAAAAUACCAAUAUGGGCAAUCUUCAUGAGGGUGCAGCAUACUCCAGAAUCUGCCUUUAAAAAUAUCACUAACACACAGUGCAAGCAAUGGCAUUUUCAAAAAUGACCAAUGAAGUGUCUGUCAUACGUUUAGAUUUUUCACAAAAUUUAUCCGAAAUUUCUUACUUGUUUGGCACCAACUGUCAAAGCUUGAUUUUUAGCUUUUUCACCUCCAUUCGGAGAGUCACAAAUACAUACAAUGUACAAAGCUACCAAAAUGCUUAGUUUCAGGUAAAAACCCAAAAAUACUUCUCAUUUCCUACACACAUACAAGAAAGAAUUACAAUGACAGAGAAAUAUCAGAAGUUUCUAGUACCUUCAAAAUACCAUGUCUGAGUUAUUAAAAAAUUUGAUCAUUCGGAUAUGUCCCCUGCCCCCUUAAGUCAUUUUUACUUUUUUUUCUCCAUGAUGUCACCAUACCUAUGCUGAAACUUAAUCUGUAAAAUUUCUUAAAUUUUGUUACAUUUUUAACACAAUGCAUAGAGGAUAUUAAAUUUUGUUUGUUUUGCGUGUAAGAUUGAAAUAUUUAUCACUGAGUGAACACCAGAUGCAAUAUUUUUACGAGUGGCAUAGCCACGAUUGAAAAUAUAGUAGCUGGUGUUCACGAAUGAAAUAUUUUUCAAUCCUAUAUGUUAAACAAAUAAUUUUUCUUUUUAUUUCAUGCUUUUUAAGUGAUUUUAAGUAUUUUUUUACUGAUUUUGCCACAUAACGCGACACAUUCUCCUUUAUGACAUCAUCACAUCACAUCAUGAUUCACAUCAUCAAUUUUGAAUUGUAGUUCUGUUAAAAUUUAUCUUACUUUGUUACAUUUUUAACAUGAUGUAUGAUGACAUCCACUUUCUUUUAGAUGCAGUUAACAAAACAAAUUAUGUAAUAUAAUGUAAUACAGGAGUAAUAAAAUUUUAUUUUUAAUAUGCUGCAGUUUCAUUUUAAAUUACAGAUGAAAAAGUCGUCUAAUCAUACCUUAAACAGAGGACUUUUAUAUGCUCAUUUUUGUCAUUGAAUAUUUUCAUAUAUCUGUUAUAGAUAUCAAUUCAGGUUUAAAGUACUUACUGCUUUAAAGCUGCACACCUCCAGAUGAGCCAAAAUAUUUCAAGAAAACUAAACUUGAGUAAAUGCUCCAAGAUUUUAGGAAAAUAAAAAAGGUUCAAGAUUCAAGUUACGCCCAAUAAAAGAUUUUCAGUAUCUAUCAAGAUCUUUCUACUGCAUGACUAACUCAGUAAGGGUUAUUUUUGCAUAUUUUGACCUCUUUUUGCUAACUUUCAUGGGUUGUACAUGUUGAUUGCAAUGUGUACAUUACUUUCUUUGUUCACUCCACAAUAUUUUAGUUUUAAAUACAUUUGCAAAAUUUUCAUAAAAAUUAGCAUGAAGGCUUGCUGGUUUAAGUCUUUCCAAAGUUACAGUUUCCUGAGUUGAAAUCACGUCUGUUAAAGCCUUCAAGUAUGACAAAUUGUAGUCAUCAGUAUUGCAUUUUUGCCCCAUGCAGAAUGCGCAUGCGCAAAAUGCAACGUUGCUUGUUACUAUGAAAAAUCUUAUUGUAAAAAGGUCUAUAUUUUCAGUCUUUAUUGAAAUAAACCAUAUGACUUGUAUUAAUGUCAGUUAAUAUUUUAUAAAUAAAACUGUCAAACUA